CAUGUUACACUAGUGUUCUAGCCUGAUGCUUAUCUACAUGAUCAUCCUGUCAACUACUUGAAGGGGGUGCCUACCCCUCCCAUACAUAACUUUGUUAGAGGUAUUUAAGAUUUCUGUACUUCCUCCAUUCAUAUCACGAAAGGCUUUUCCAGUUUUAUUCAUUAUUUUUGACCAAGAGCAAGUCCUGUAGGCCUAUCCUCUUGAUUUGCUCUCCUCAUAUCUAGCCCAAUAUGACUACGCAGGUCGCAAAUCUCGCUUUGGAGGGUGGUGAUCCACGAGAUCCUCAUCAUCCAAUGGUGGGCGACGCCAAGGCGGUAGAAUUGGCCAUGUUAAACACUUUACAUGAUCCCAGCAUCACAUUCGAAGAAUACGUCUACUGGGCUGAAAUCACUCGUGCUGAGGAGAAAGUUGCCAAUGAAAAGUUUCUUGCAGCUCAAGGACCAAGAAACUGGAAGAGCAUAUUUACGAAUCGGUUCUCUCGCGGAAAAGCUCCCCCUGGGACAUAUGACACUCCACCCGCAACAACUUCAGGUUCAAAGGAUGCUAUAGACGAAAAGUCUGUUGUCCUCGAUGGACCACGUCAAUCGGCUGUUUCGGAGGCUGAGUGGAAGACGGCGAGUCGUGCUGUGCGUACAGCUGGCUGGUCGGGUGUCUUCUACCUCAUCACAACUGAUAUCCUUGGACCUUUCAGUGUUCCUUGGGCCUUCGGGCAAAUGGGCUGUAAGUAAAUGUAAAUAUCUAAAGUUCAACAGCAGUACUAACACGGAGCUGCAGAUGGACCGGGAAUUGCUCUCUAUACUGUAUUCGGCGGUUUUGCUUUAUAUUCUGGCUGGCAACUCUUCGCUAUCUUCCUUGCACUCGACUCGGAUAAAUACCCAGCAAAAUCGUAUGGUGACCUCUUCUUCCGUGUUUUUGGAACCUGGGCACGUCAUGCGAUCAACGUCGCUCAAAGUGUUCAACUACUGCUCACCGUAUCUAUCCUCAUUCUCUCCAAUGGGCAAUCUAUUGCACAAAUAUCCAAAGGGAACCUUUGCUUCAUUGUCUGUCUGAUAAUUUUCAUGGCCGCUGGUAUGGUCUUUGGACAGAUUCGUACACUCCAAAGGUUUGGUUGGUUAGCAAAUUUCGCCGUCUGGAUCAACGUCCUCAUCAUAUUCAUCUGUAUGGGUGUUGUUGCCAACUCACCACCCAACUAUGCUACAAUCCAAGCUUCUUAUGGUGAUGACUUCGGUCCUGGUCCAGUCCACAGAUAUGCUGGCACCCCUCCUGCUGGCAAAGCGACUGGUGGAGAUGGAUUUGUCGGAUCUCUGAAUGGUCUAAACCAAGCCGUAUACUCGUACGGUGGUGCUAUGCUCUUUGUUGCUUUCCUGGCUGAAAUGCGUCAUCCUAUGGAUUUCUGGAAGGGCCUCAUUUGCGCCGAUCUAUUCAUAUACGUUGUCUACAUGUUUUUUGGUAUCUUUGUCUACUCCUACCAAGGACAAUAUGCAUACAACCCCGUCAUUCAAGGUCUUUCGCCGUACAACUGGCAAACCGCAGCAAACAUCAUGAAUUUAAUCACUGGUCUUAUUGCCGCUGUACUAUACGGAAACAUUGGCAUCAAAGUUGCAUACAUUGAUGUCUUCCAAGGUAUCCUCAAGGCACCACCUUUGACCACCAGACCCGGUAAAAUUCUUUGGAUUGCCAUGGUGCCUUUGUACUGGGCAAUCGCAUUUGUCAUCUGCGCCGCUAUCCCUCAAUUUUCUUACAUAUCGGGAUUGGUUGGAGCAAUUUGUAUUUUACAGUUCACAUACACCUUCCCCGCCAUUCUUGGUGUUGGAUAUCAAAUUCAAAAAGACGCCAUGCUUCCAGGAGAAGAGUCAUUUGACCCCCGAACUGGAACUUACAGUUAUGUGGAUAGAGGUAUUAAAAGAUGGAUCAGAGGAUUCAAGGUUAACUGGCUUUUCAACAUCUUCAACUUUAUAUACUUCCUCGGAGCCUUGACCACGGCGGCUUUGGGUAUCUAUAGUAGUUGUCUUGGUCUGAUCAGUGCUUUUAGCGGUGCUAGUGCCGCGACUAGUUUUGGUUGCACGUCCCCUGUUUAGUUAGGGAAGAUAUUUUUCUGGAUGAAGAAAUCGAAUGGGUUGUUUGCUGUAUGGGCUAUUUAAUUUAUUAUGGGGAAGAAAUAGAAGUCCGAGGACUUAUAGUGUUUAAAUAUGAAAUGGAAACUUGGAGGCUAAAACCCUUAGAAAAGAUACUAGAUAAUACUCAGGUUCCAAGAGCAAUGUUUGAAAUGAAUCUUGAACUAUAAGAAAUAUUCUUAAUGUUUCUCUCUUUAGUUAUAUUAUAUCGUUAACGUU